AUGCUGGGGCGGACGGCGCAGUGGCUGUGCUGGUGGUGGGGGCUGUUGUGCAGCUUCUGCGGGCCCCCUCCCCUGCCCGCCGCCGCCGCCGCCGCCGCCGGGGGGGCGUUGCUGGGGGACGGCGGGAGCCCGGGCCACGCGGAGCGGCCACCCCCGCCGCAGACCUCCUCCUCGGGCUUCCUGUACCGGCGGCUCAAGACGCACGAGAAGCGGGAGAUGCAGAAAGAGAUCCUGUCGGUGCUGGGGCUCCCGCACCGGCCGCGGCCCCUGCACGGCCUCCCGCAGCCUCCCGCGUUCCCGCAGCAGCAGCCAGCUAGCGGGGAGCCUCCGCCCGGGCGGCUGAAAUCUGCGCCCCUUUUCAUGCUGGACCUAUACAACGCCCUGUCCGCCGACGAUGAGGAGGACGGGGCUUCGGACGAGGAGAGGCGGCAGCCCGGGCCCCGCGGAGGAGCCGGCGCGUCCCAGCCCCAGUCCCCAUCGCCGGGCGCCGCGCACCCCCUCGGCAGUGGGAGCCUCCUGGCCACCGGGCCUGGCGGCGGCGCGUCCCCGCUGACCAGCGCGCAAGACAGCGCCUUCCUCAACGACGCCGACAUGGUCAUGAGCUUUGUGAACCUGGUGGAGCACGACAAGGAGCUCUCCCCUCGCCAGCGACACCACAAAGAGUUCAAGUUCAACCUAUCCCAGAUUCCUGAGGGUGAGGCGGUGACGGCUGCAGAGUUCCGAAUCUACAAGGACUGUGUUGUGGGCAGUUUUAAAAACCAAACUUUUCUUAUCAGCAUUUACCAAGUCUUACAGGAGCAUCAGCACAGAGACUCCGACCUGUUUCUGCUGGGCACGCGCGCCGUGUGGGCCUCAGAGGCGGGCUGGCUGGAGUUCGACAUCACGGCCACCAGCAACCUGUGGGUCCUGACCCCGCAGCACAACAUGGGGCUGCAGCUGAGCGUGGUCACGCGUGACGGGCUCAGCAUCAGCCCCGGGGCUGCGGGCCUGGUGGGCAGGGACGGCCCCUACGACAAGCAGCCCUUCAUGGUGGCCUUCUUCAAGGCCAGCGAGGCCCACGUGCGCAGCGCCCGCUCGGCCCCCGGGCGGCGCCGGCAGCAGGCCCGGAACCGCUCCACCCCGGCCCAGGACGUGUCGCGGGCCUCCAGCGCCUCAGACUACAACAGCAGCGAGCUGAAAACGGCCUGCAGAAAGCACGAGCUCUACGUGAGCUUCCAGGACCUGGGGUGGCAGGACUGGAUCAUUGCCCCCAAGGGCUACGCUGCCAACUACUGUGACGGAGAAUGUUCGUUCCCUCUCAACGCGCACAUGAACGCCACCAACCACGCCAUCGUGCAGACCCUGGUUCACCUCAUGAACCCCGAGUACGUCCCCAAGCCGUGCUGUGCGCCCACGAAACUCAACGCCAUCUCGGUGCUCUACUUCGACGACAACUCCAACGUCAUCCUGAAAAAGUACAGGAACAUGGUCGUCCGAGCGUGCGGCUGCCACUGA